AUGGAAGGCUUGACGUGGGAGGAGAAGUACUUGCGGCUGCGGGACGACCACACGUCUCUCACGCACAAGGCUAACGAGCAAGAUGAUACUAUUCGACGGAUGAAUACAAAGCUUUCCCAGAUCGAAAAGAGCCUCAAGCUCAAGUAUCGGUUGGAGAACAACGGCGGAAACGACCAACGCGGUGCGCCGUCGGCCGGCGGGGGCGGUGGCGCUGACGUUGGCGGCAUCGGUCACCCUCGCAACAGGGAGAACGAGCAGCUCGUGGAGGAGCUGCAUCGCUACAACAGCGUCCUUCUGCGGGAGAACGGGGACCUAAAGACGAAGAUCAAGUCCCUCAACGAUGCCCUGUCCAAAAAGAAGAAGGAACUGGUCGCCGCGAGGCUGGCGAGGACGAGAGCGGUGGGGGCCGGGCCGCCGGGCCCUCGUAGCCCGUGUCCCGCGGCGCGGUCCGUCGGAAUGCGAAGCCGACACGUUCAGCUAUCGAAAAAGCGUUCCGCCGACGACAUGGACAUGGGAGCGACAAGACGGAGGGAUGAUCGAAAGCUCAGCGAACUGGUGGACAAGCUUCGGCAACGGGUCUCGAGCGCCGAGGAGCAGCUCAAGGGGGUUAAGGCCGAGAACCAGCGGCUUCGGCAAGACAAGCUGGACGCGGGAUGCGCCCCCGAGGAUGCCCACGAGCAGGCCAUGGCUGCCGCGGCCGCCGCGCACCGUGAACCUCCGGGGGGACGGGGACGCAGUCAGGAGGAAGUGGAAACCCUGCACAGGGAGCUUCGGGAGGCGCAGGCCAAAGCGCAGUUGAUUCAGGCUCGCUUCGAUCACCUGGAGGCUCGGACGCUAGCGCAGGCGGACCUUCACGAGGGCAGUGUCGACAAGCUGCAAGAGACCAACAGACAACUCCGAGAUGUGCGGAGAGAGCUGCAAGAUGCUCUACACGAGCGCGACGUAGCCGUUGCUAAAUGCGGUAGGGUUGACGACCUGGAGGAAACGGUCAGCGAGCUAAGGCGGCACAACAAGGAGCUCGAGGAUCAGGUGACGAGGCUAUGCGAGAACCCUUUCAUCUCCCAGGCUUUCCGCGACCAGGAGCGAUCGGAGCGCGUGCUGGAGCUGGAGCAGGGGAGCCGAGCGGCCCAGCUCAAGAUCGAUCACCUGCAGGAGACGGCCCAGACGCACCACGCGGCACUGGUCACGCUUAAGAAGCAGACGGUGCGGCUGCGGGAGGACAAGGAGAGGGCAGAAAGAGCCCUUCAGGAGAUGCGGGUCAGGCACAACGAGACAGAGGCCGGUGCCCAGCUUAUGGCCGACAAGAUGAGGCUCUACGCCGGGGACGAGGACAUAGACCUGGAGGAGCUGGAGCGUGCUCUGACCAUCGUCAGGAGGAAGAUGGCGGAUCCCGCGGCCUUCCCGGGCUUCCUCGAAAACCCUGAGGAGGAAGACAUGGACAACGUCCCCGCCCUUCGGCGUAAGCUGCAACGCGUGCAGGUGUCCAACCUCAACCUCACGAGAGAGCUUGAGCGCGCAGAGCGCAUGCUCAAGGCCCAGAUGAGCAUCAACCGUGACUUGCACGUAGAGCUCGAGGAGGCAUGUCGGAGGUCUACCCUGGACCGGGGAGAGCUAGGCCAGAAGCUGCGGGACUUCGAGGCCCUCGCCCUCGAGCGGCUGGCCGUGAUUAACCGGCUGGAGGCCCAGGUGAAGCAACUCCUGUACGGGCCGGCGAGGAGGAAGCGUCUGGGAGCCGCCGGCGACGCCUCGGCGGCCCAGAUGGAGCAGGAGCAGGAGAGCGCGCUGCUCAGCGAGUUGGCCGAGGGUGACUUCUCCGCCGACCAAAACAUCGUCGAGGUUUGGGUGGUCGGUGCCGAGCUGGAGCCCGGGGUGCUUUCGGCCGGAUCGUCGAGCUUCAUCGUCGUGGACUUCUUUGACUUCGAGAGCCAGGCGACCCCUCUGCUGCCCGGGGUGUCGCCGGCCUUUGACUUCGCGACGACAUUCAAGGUCACCGUGGACGACUUCUUCUUGCGCUUCCUUGGCACCGAGGGCCUCGUGCUCGAGCUCAACCAGGCUAGGGCCGCGGAUUUCGAGCUGGUCGGACGAAGGCAGGUGGCGCUGUCCGGCCUCCUGUCGUCGAAGCCGAGGAUCAUCCUGCAGAGGGAGCCGCUCAUCUCCACGCGGGACGGGGCGGUCGUGGGCUACGUGCACAUCGAGAUCCGGAUGGCUCUGCCAGUGACGGAGCUGUACGCUCUCUUCCUGGAGCGAAGGCCGGAGGAGAAGGAGAGGGUAGAACAAGCCAGGCUGCUGGAGGCCAAGGCGAACGGAUAUCUAACGCCAGCAGACGCCGCUGCCGCCACCGCUCGCAACGGAGCGAUGAGUAACACACUCCACGGAGGCCUCGGCCUUGCGGGGGACACGACGCGCCUGCGCAACGAGUUGGAAGUGGUCAUCAUUGGAUGUCGGGACCUCCCGUCGAGGGGACAUGCGGGCAAGGACAGUGCUGCACCGGCAGCCUACGUUCACUACCAGCUCCUGGGGUUCCAAGAUGUUUUUACCCCGGUGGUGCACGGUUUGCGCGACCCGAGUUUCCGGCACUCCACCUCCUUCCCCGUCGCCACCGAUGACAAGCUGCUGCGUUUCCUUUCUCGGAAGUUCAAGGAACAGAAACGUGCGUACACCCGGCAUGUACGGGACAUGAAAGGGCUCACGACGCCCACUUGGCGGCUCCGGCCAACGCUACAGCCCAGACACCGCCUGACCGUCACAGUGAUGGACGACCUCGCCAACGCACCCGGAGAUCUGGACGCCAAUGAAGGGGGUGGUGAUGCGUGGCCAGAUGACGACGAAUCGGAGGGCUUGAUCGGAGAGGCUCUGGUCGACCUCUCCCCCAUGGCGGAAGGGCGUCCGGUGGUUGCCGGCUGGACCACGGUCGAGGACGCCACGGGGAGGUCAGCAGGAAAGAUCUGCGUCUCCGCGCGUUGGGUGAAGCCACUGCGGACGGGAGGUGAUCCGGGCCCGCACGGCCUGUCGUCGGAGGAGGUGGAGGGGCUCAUGGCGCGUUUCUCGCCAGAAAAGGACGGCCAGGUGAACUAUGUCGCCUUCCUGAAGGAGAGUGACCCCCCACCCGCCGUCCUGGCGGCACUGAGCCAGAUACAGACCUUCCUCGCCGAUGCCUCCGAGCGGGAUGGUCUCUCCGCUACCGAGGCCCUUGGGGCUGUCCUGGGUGUACAAGGGUCUGACCCUAAAGCACAGCUGUCGGAGGAGGCCUUCGUGUCUGCCCUGCUGUCCUCGGCAAGCCUCACGGCGUCCCCCGAUGAGCUCGCCGCAGCGUACGCGCACGCCGCUGGUGGCAGUGGCAGCGGUGGAGGCACUGGUUCUCAUCACGGCCUUACCCUUGAGCAUCUAGCUGCCUUUGCCUCAUGCGGCGGCGGCGGGGGCGGCGGCGGUGGCGGUGGCGGUGGCACGGGCUCCGGCGGCGACUGGGUGAGCUGGAUCGGCGCGGUGCGUCCGGGGGACGGCGGCGCAGCUGCCCGGCGGGCGCUCGUGAAAGCACGCGUGAAGUGCCGGGACGCCGGGCUGUUGGGGCGCUCCUUCCCCGGCGAGGUGUUCGCCAAGCUGGACCCCGAGGGCGCGGGGCGGGUAGGUCGCCCUGCCUUCAAGCGUGCGCUGCGGGAGAUGGGGUUCGCCCUGGUGGACGAAGCUCCGGAGAGCAACAGCGAAGGGCUGUUGGGGGGCGAUCAGCAGUGGCGCGCGCUUAAAGCGGAGCAAGAGGGGGGGCGGGGACGGGCAGCGGGCAUGGGUCUUGGAAACAUGCUGGAAGAGGCCGCCUCGGCAACGGCGACCCACGCCGACGAGGAGAUCAGGCUGAGAAGGGCGGAGGGAGAAGAACGGGACGAGGCGAGGAGGCAAGCGUUCCGAGCAAAGGUCGAGGGCAUCGAGAGAGCUACCGCAGAAAAGAUUGACGCGGCCGAAGCUCUUUCUGGAGGCGGCGGUGUAGGUCCGAAAGGAGAGGGAGUCGAGCCCCGCAUUGCCAACCUCGACAACGACAACGACAACCGCGACCGCGACGGCAGCGGAAACGGGACGGGUCUUGCUCCCCCGAACCAACACCCGUCCUCCACCGUCGCCCGAGACAGCCAGGCGCGAAUUGGACCCGCCGGUGGCGGGCUCGGACGAGACGCCGCCGCUUCUCUCGUGCAGUCGAGGUUCCGCGGGUACCGCACCAGAAGGAGUCUCGUUGGCGGCGGCGGAGCAGAGGGUCUGACCGCCGGAGGAAAAGGCGGGGCGGGGGGGCAGCCGGAUGGUGUCUCAGCAGGAGACGGUGGUCUUGUCGAUGGUGUCGAAGGCAAGGGAAAGUGCUCCGUGCUCGACCUCGAGGAUUAUGUCGAAUCUAUUUUCGGUAGGCUGGAGGGCACAUGUCCCCCGCCCGAUCUCCGCGCGUCCUUCGCAAAACUCGACAAGGAGUCCACCGGCUUGCUGGAUCGGCCACGGUUUGCGCUAGCUCUGCGGAACCUGCGGCCGUCUCUGGAGCUGUCCCCGGAACUGUUGCGAGCAGCUAUGGAGUACUUCGAAGACUCUACAGCUGUGCGCGGGGGUCGGGUUGGGGGUGGACAAACAAGCAGAAUUGACUACAGGCGAGUGGUAGGAUUAGGAGCGAAGGACCAAGGGGCGGGAAAGAGACAGAAAUAG